AAAUAAAUAUUACUUUUUUUUUCUCUUCUUUAUAUCAUAAAGAAAAAGAAAUAGUAUUUCAUUUAAGAAUGCUGUCUAUUACAUUUGAUUUAGCUAAAUAUCCGACGAUUGAUACAAUAAAAUUACUCGCAUCUUUACUUGAACGAAUGACUAUAGCUAAUGAUAUUUUAAAUAAACAGCAAUGUCGCUCCUUACAGCCUAUUUAUACCCGUUUUCACGCUAGAUUAGUACCUUCUAUUGAUAUUCAUUCUUAUUUAAGUAGAAUACUAAAAUAUUGUCCAUGUGCAAAUGAAUGUUUUUUAAGCCUAUUGGUUUAUUUUGAUCGCAUGUCAAAGAAUUCCCUGGCCAUUACUGGGAAACCAUUUAUGAUUGAUUCCUUUAAUAUUCAUCGACUGAUUAUUGCUGGAGUUAUGGUUGCCUCGAAAUUCUUUAGUGACGUGUUUUAUACCAAUACAAGAUAUGCUAAAGUGGGCGGAUUGUCAGUAGCAGAAUUAAAUAAUCUUGAAUUAGAAUUUCUUAAAUUAAAUAGCUACAACUUAACUGUACCUGUUAGUGAAUUACAAAAAUAUGGUGACCAGUUGCUUAAAGUUGGUUAUAUGACACAAAAGAUGAGAAAGCCUGCUUCAUUUCGACAUCAGCGAUCAAGUUCAUUUGAUCAAGCAAGGAUUGAUGUAGAUAAAAUAUGUGAUUCUACUCAGCGCAUGUCUCUUGAUCAGCCCUACCAGCAGCAAUAUUACUAUCAACAACAAAAAAGCAAUGAUCAUCAGCAGCAAGUACGACGUAUGACGAGUACAAAUAGUUUAAAAGAAUAUCAACAGUAUUAUGGGCAACCAAAGCAUUCUCGUUCAAGCAUAAAUUUACACCAAGGAUAUUGGAAACCAAACUAUAACAGCUCAAUUCAGAAGCAAUCAAGACAACAUACAGAAGAUAAAGAGGACUACGGACUAUCGUCUUCUAUUUAUGCACCACCUUUUAUACCUAGUAAUAGUAGCAAUAAUAUGUAUUAUUAUUCAGCUUCUUUAGGUGGUAUACCAACUCCUCCUCCAUCUUCUUCUCCUAUAUAUUAUCAAGCAUCUACUCUUCCUUCCUCCACAUACAUGAACUUAUAAUGCAAAAAGGAACAAAAAAAAAUUAUUGUUAUUAUUAUAUACUUAUACAUACAUACUACAGCUGACAAAUUACAUACUCACAUACAAUAUGUAUGAAAUUUAUUAUAUUUAUUCAUAUUUACCACAUAUAUAUAUACUAUAGCAUCCUGUUAAAUAUAAGAGUGAUAAAAACGAAAAAUAUACUAUUAUCACGAUCUGAUAUACAUGUAAUAUAUAUGUAAUAUGCGUAUAUGUAUUAUUUUAGAGAAUAAGAAGAUGAUUUUAU